AUGGACACUGCUCGAGCAGCUUUAGCAGAUGUAAUGGAAGUAUCCCUCCCGAGUAUCGCGACGAGUAUCCUGCUGGCGACUGCUACACUACUUUGCUAUGUCUACUGCUGCUACUCUCUUACUUAUUGGAAGAGGAGAGGCGUCCCGCAAUUGAAGAGCACACAACUAUUUUUCGGAGACUUCAAGAAUGGUAUCCUCUUCCGUUCACCCCCCGGGUACCACUUCGGCGAUCUCUAUCGGCAGUCACCGAACGCACCUUAUGUCGGCUUCUACAUCUUCCACAAGCCGUGCCUGCUCCUCAAGGACCCGGAAGUCAUAAAGCAAAUAUUCAUCCGCGACUUCGACAAAUUCUCCGAUCGGUACUUCGCCGGUUCCGAACAAAAAGAUAGUACUGGCAUGAUUAACCUCUUCGGGCUGAAGAACCCGGCUUGGAGGUAUCUUAGAAAGAGAAUAUCCCCCCUCUUCACGAGAAGUAAAUUAAAGCAGAUGCUGCCGUUUAUGAUGGACGCCUCUAAGCCCAUGAUGGAGUACUUAAAGAGGAAGGUGGAUAACGGGGGUAAUGUGAACGUGGUCGAUGCGCAGGAAGUCAACUACAGAUACACGGCUGACCUGAUAGCGAACGUCGCUUUGGGUUUCAAGUCGGAUUCAUUUAACGGACCAGAUUCAGACUAUACAAAGAAUUUCCUGCAAUACUUCCAUUCGUUCAAGCGGAUGUUCGCAAUUUUCACGGUGUUCUUCAUACCCGAGUUGGUGAGGGUCAUCGGCUUCCUCGUGCUGUAUGACUCGUCGUACAUGAAGAAAGUAUUUUGGAACAUUUUUGAAAGUCGAGAGAAGAGCGGGGAGAAGAGGGGAGAUUUUAUCGACACACUCAUACAAUUGAAGAAUUCUGAACAGGAUCCUGUUUAUAAAUUCGAAGGGCAGAACCUUUUCUCGCAAACGGGCACCUUCUUCUCCGGUCUCGAAACCAGUUCUAAUGUAUCAGCAUUCACGCUCAUGGAGCUUUCGAAGAACCAAGAGUUCCAGGAAAGAGCCAGAGAGAGCGUCCUGAACGCGGUGGCCCAGCACGGCUGGACCAUCGAAGGCUUCAACGAAAUGAAGUAUUUGGAUCUAUGCGUAUCUGAGGGGCUUCGAAUGCACCCAUCGGUGUCUACUCUGGACCGAUACGCGCUCGAAGACUAUAAGAUACCGGGCACCGAUCUAGUUAUAGAAAAGGGAACUCCCGUCUACAUCUCUCUGUUCGGAGUACAUCGCGAUCCGCAAUUCUUCGAGCGACCCAAUGAGUUUGAUCCGGAACGGUUUAGCGAAGGCAAUAUCGUGUCUGACAAUUAUUUGCCCUUUGGAGUUGGACCCAGACAAUGCAUAGGCAAGUGCAAACAAAUUUUAUUAACUGUAUCGAACUGGGGACCCUCUACUUAG